CCCGCUAUGGCUCGAAGCCGAAAGAAGUUAAUUUGAUGGAUUUGUUUAUUUCAUUAAACUUUAUACUUUAAAAGUAGAUCUGAGUUGGCAGAAGUGUCAUUCAUAGCACAAUGACGUCCAUUAUCAAACUACAAGUCUUGUCAGGAGCUAACGAUGAGUCGCCACCUUCCUAUCUUCUGCAGGUGGAUGAAUUCAAAUUUCUACUCGACUGUGGGUGGAAUGAAGAUUACCCAAUGGAGUACAUCACAGAGUUGAAACGUCAUCUUCAUCAGAUAGAUGCAGUGUUACUGUCCUAUCCUGACCAGCAACAUCUCGGCGCUCUGCCCUACCUUGUGGGGAAAUGUGGCCUCACGUGUCCCAUCUACGCCACCAAUCCUGUCUACAAGAUGGGUCAGAUGUUUAUGUAUGAUCUUUAUCAGUCUCGACACAACACAGAAGACUUCAAUUUAUUUACACUUGAUGACGUUGAUGCGGCUUUUGACAAAAUCAUUCAGCUGAAAUACUCGCAGAGUGUAACUCUUACAGGUAAAGGUCAUGGUAUCCAAAUAACUCCUCUUCCGGCUGGUCACAUGAUCGGAGGCACAAUCUGGAAAAUUGUCAAAGAUGGGGAAGAAGAGAUUAUCUAUGCAGUUGACUACAAUCACAAGAAAGAAAGACAUCUGAAUGGGUGUGUUCUGGAGAUGUUCAACCGUCCGUCUCUGAUGAUUACCGAUGCGUUCAAUGCAUCGUAUAAUCAGGCAAGACGGCGACUCAGGGAUGAACAGCUGAUGACCACAAUUCUGCAGACAAUGAGAAAUGAUGGGAAUGUUUUGGUUGCUGUUGACACUGCAGGACGGAUGCUAGAACUAGCACACUUACUUGACCAGAUGUGGCGGAGUGCAGAGUCUGGACUAUCCCCGUAUUCCCUGGCCCUGCUUAAUAAUGUCAGCUACAAUGUAGUGGAGUUUGCUAAGUCUCAGGUGGAAUGGAUGAGUGACAAGAUAAUGCGUUCCUUCGAAGAGAACCGUAACAACCCCUUUCAGUUCAAACACGUGAAGCUGUGUCACAACUUGGCCGAGCUGUCCCGGGUACCGGAGCCUAAGGUGGUUUUGGCCAGCACUCCAGAUCUGCAGUGUGGGUUUUCUCGAGACCUCUUCAUAGCCUGGUGUGGGAUUGCCAAGAACAGUGUGAUCCUGACAAACCGAACCUCGCCCGGCACCCUGGCAAGAUGGCUCAUAGACAACCCUCAAAACAAGACCGUCACAAUGGAGGUUCGGAGGCGUGUGAAGCUCGAAGGUGCCGAACUGGAAGAUUUCAUGACCAAAAAACACCAGAAAGAAGCCAAAGAAGCCAAACUAAAGUCAGAAGCCAAAAUGGAUGAGGAUGAAUCGAGUGAUGAAAGUGAGACCGAGAUGGAAGUGGACAAUAUCUUCGCACCAAAGACCAAAGGAAAGCAUGACUUGAUGAUGAAGAGCGAGGGUAAAAGUCGAACAGGAUUUUUUAAGCAAGCGAAGAAAUCUCAUCCAAUGUACCCAUACCAUGAGGAAAAAAUCAAAUGGGAUGAAUACGGAGAGUUUAUCAAGCUUGAAGAUUUUCUUAUCCUAGACAUGAUAACAGGUCAAGAAGAAGAGAAAAAGGAAAGUGAGGUCACAACAACAGAGGAUUUACAGAAAGAUGUGAUGGAAGUGCCUACAAAAUGCAUCUCCUCUAAUGUGACCCUUGAUGUCAAUGCUAGCGUGUUGUACAUUGACUUUGAAGGCCGGUCUGACGGUGACUCUAUCAGGAAACUGUUGGCCCAGGUUAAACCCAGGCAGUUGAUCUUGGUGCGUGGAACAACUGAAGCCACCGAUGCACUUGCAGAAUACUGCCAGACUCACAGUGUUGUGGACAGGAAGGUGUUCACUCCAAAAGUGGGGGAAAUUGUUGAUGCCACGACAGAAAGUCACAUUUAUCAGGUGAGGAUGCGUGACCACCUAGUGACGUCGCUGAUCUUCUCGAGAGCGAAAGACAUCGAGCUCUCAUGGAUUGAUGGCUACCUGGACAUGUCAUACACGAAGACAGACACCAGCGUCAUGUACGAGUCCGAGGAAGGGGAUCUCACCGAGGACGACGACAAGAAGAAAACAAAAGCCUUGCAGAGCACAGAAAUAGCUGAUGAACUUGAUCGAGUUCCCACACUGGAAGCUUUCCCAUUGAAUCAGGUGCCAGUUCACACAUCAGUGUUCAUCAACGAACCAAAGCUGUCCGAUUUCAAGAUUGUGCUACUCCAGGAAGGAAUCCGCUGCGAGUUUGUAGCUGGAGUUCUCAUCUGUAAUAACACGGUCGCUGUUAGGAGGAAUGAAGCUGGGAGAAUACAGCUGGAAGGAACGCUUUGUGAUGACUACUACCGGAUACGUGAAAUUCUCUACCAGCAGUAUGCCAUUGUCUGAGACAGAGUUAUAACUGCUUGUGUCAUAUCAUGGAUUAAAAGUUUACAGAGUGACUGAACUUCUCAACCAGCACUUGUCUGAGACAGAGUAAAACUCCAUGUUUCAUAUCUGGGAUCACAAAGUUUUAUCUUUCUGGUGUCCAGAAUUCUCUAUCAGUGUUUGCGAUUGUCUGAAACAGAGUUAAAUUGUCUGAGAUCACACAGAUUUAUUUUCUGACUGGCUGAACUUCUCAAUGAGCAGUAUGUGAUCGACUGUUCGCAAUCACAGUUUUACUUUCAGUCAGAAGACUGUCAAUUACACUGGGAAAUGGUGGGCAUCAUCACCCAUUAAACUGUUAAUUACACUGGGAAAUGGUGGGCAUCAUCACCCAUUAAACUGUCAAUUACACUGGGAAAUGGUGGGCAUCAUCACCCAUUAAACUGUCAAUUACACUGGGAAAUGGUGGGCAUCAUCACCCAUUAAACUGUUAAUUACACUGGGAAAUGGUGGGCAUCAUUACCUAUUAAACUGUUGCUUCAGAAUGAAAAUAGCAGUGAAAGUGUUUAGAGAACAAUAUUGUUGCUGAUGUUAGUGAAGUUUUCAAAGUGACAUCUCAUUUCAAAAGACAUUGUUUUAAAUGAACAUAUUUAUGGUGCAUCAUUUAAAACAAAUCAAAAUUUACAUUGUAUAUUUUCUUCGCAAAAAUGGUUAUAAAUGAUUGAUCACUGAACCAUGCAUGUGGAGUACAUAAUUCUAAAUGACAAUAUAAUAAGUUAAAUACAAACAUGAUUUCCGUGCAUGUGGAGUCGUACAUAAUUCUAUAUGACAAUUAUAACAAGUUAAAUACAAACAUGAUUUCCGUGCAUGUGGAGUCUACAUAAUUCUAUAUGACAAUUAUAACAAGUUAAAUACAAACAUGAUUUCCGUGCAUGUGGAGUCUACAUAAUUCUAAAUCACAGUAUAACAAGUUAAAUACAAACAUGAUUUCCGUGCAUGUGGAGUCUACAUAAUUCUAAAUCACAGUAUAACAAGUUCAGGGCUAGCUCUGGCACUCGCCAAAUUCGCCAGCUGCAAAUUCCAAAAACAAUUGGUGAAUUUGAUUUUAAUUUGGUGAAAUAAUUUCAUGUAAUUAUUGAUAUUUUGUUACAAAAUAACUCGGUAUAUUUGCAAUUUUUGAAGUGUAAUAGAUAAUUUGGCGAAAUUUUCUACUGACCCAGAGAUAGCCCUGAAGUUAAAUACAAGCAUGAUUUCAUUGUCCAGAGCAGUGUGUAAGUGGAAGGUUCAGUGACACAUAAUGGACGACAUCUGCUUUAUUUUACGUCCUGUAGGAAUUGCAGUUUAAAAUUGGUCAAUUUUGUGAAAGGGUAAUGAUUGACCUUUGUUGGAUGUUAGCAGUAAAUGAUCUUGUCCCUGCUGUUAAUAACUGCCGAAUCAUAAACAAAUAAUGGUGUCAAUGCACCACAUGUGGAAUAUUCUGUCUAUUCCAAAAGAAAGAAAAUAUAUUUCACUUUAAAUUUUAAUUUGUAAAAAGCCAUUUAUAAUAUCUGCAUAAAAGAAGAGAGGAAAGCCACUGCAGUCAAAAACUAUUCCUACAGAAAAAAACAAAUGCCCAUAGACAGGAUUGUACAUACCACAGCCUUUGAUGUAGUCAUGACGCACCAGCUAGGAUGGGGAAAACCUAAAUCCAUCUAUCUUGACUCGCUGCAUUUUAGGUGAGUGCUUUACCAUUGGGCAUGCAUGUACCAUGCAUAUUAUGAUGCCAUUUGAUGUAAAAGUUUGUUUUGUGAUUUAUUAAUCAUGACAUAAGAAGAAAAGUAAAAGUGUUUUGUUAAUAAUGAAAAACUACCAUUUGUGCGUGCAAUUAAAAACAUAUUCAGUUCAGAACUAAAUAAAACUAAUAAAUACCAUACUAAGAAAACGACGCUUAUAGCAUUUUGGUCACCAUUUUGGUUUAUGGACUGGUGUAGUCUUGCUAUAUGAGAUAACUCUUUGAUUAUUUUCUUGUCGCUCUGUGGUGAAAUUAAUCAAAUACCACAACCUUUGACCAGUUGUGGUGCACUGGUUAAAAUGAGAAAAGCCGAAUCAGUUGAAUGUAUCCACAGAGGUGGUUCGAUCCUGCAAUGCAAGCAGUUCAGGCAAGCGCUCAACCGACUACGGACUCACUACACAGAUGUCUUCUGUCAUUGAAACCCAUGUUAAAUUGCCCAACUUCAAAUAAAGAUUGUCAAUAGAAUGGGUUUUUGUUGGUACUAACAUAAUACAUCAUUGUGAGCAUACAUUAUAUAAGCAUUAUUUUCGUUCCAAAAUUGAGAACAUAUGCAUCACAUUUGUUUACUAUAUGACCGCAUCUGGUUGUAGUACCGGUCCGAACAAGUGGUUCAAUAACUGAUUCACACCGGCUGUCUCUUCCGCAAUACACCCAUGUCCCAAAAAGUCAUUGCACAAUAUUACAAAAUAACAUGGGCAAAAUCCUGCCAGAAGGCUUAUCAUUAAACAUACACAUUGUUUUACUUCUUCCCCAAUUCUUAGAAGUGAAUAUGUGAACUACAACAUUGUUACAAUUAGAAACUAUAGUGGGUCGUGAUGAAUGAACUCUCACCUGGAAGUGAACUGUGUAGUGAGACCUAAGCUAAAUCCCGUCCCACUGCCUUUACAAAGUAAAAAUGCGAGAUCUACUUUUCCCACGGUGGCAGUGAUGGCAUCAACGUUUGGGUUAAACUUUCAUGUUUAGAUUAAUUUUUCUCAAACUAUAAGCCCUAGGUCAGUGAAACUUGUUCUAUAGUUGCACCUUUUGGAUGUUCAUGACUGUUCACUGAAAACUAUGGUAGCCGAGACAUUUAGUUCUGUGGAAUGCUUAUAUUAUACCUAAUAUACCAUACCAUAUACCAUGAUAUCAUAUUGUAGCAUACUACUCCACAAAGCCACUAUGCAUUAAUGGUAACACCAUCAUCGUAGUGUGUAGCACCUCUUGAACCUCGCAGAGUAAUGUUUAGUACCUUCUUGAACAACACUGGUUAACCCUUGUGAACCUUUCUCAAGUGGUGGUGGUGUCAGCAGAUUAAAUUCUGAAUGUGAUGAGGAUUCAUUUGAAUGUAUUUUCAUGCUUAUAUACAGUUAAAAUUUAAGCAUGCAGUCUUAAUCACACAUCAUAGCUAUUUUGGACAUGUCUACAAUAAGAGUUGAUAGUUACCCAGGAUAAUGAGAGAGAAUUCUCUCUAGUCAAACGUAAUUCUGGUUCAAAGGCCGUGGUAUAUGUUUUCAGGUAUGUGGGAAAGUGCAUGUAAAAGAUCCCUUGAUACUAAUGGAAAAAUGUAGCGGGUUUCCUCUCUAAGACUGUUAUGGUUACCAAAUGUUUGACAUCCAAUAGCUGAUGAUUAAUUAAUCAAUGUGCUCUAGUGGUCUCGUUAAACAAAACAAACUUACAUCAUGGGUGUCAGAAGAUGUCACCAACUGCAGGGACAGUUAUUAAUUCAUGUUACAACAGUGCAGUAUACUAUAUAUAUGGAAUGGUAGAUGCCAUAGUACAUGAUGUGAAACGAAUUCAAAAUAUACGAUCUAGAUAAUACAACAGGUGGUCGUAGCAUACCAGUGACCUUACGUGUAGUUUCAAAGGAUACAUAAUGAACAUUGGUCAGCUGUUGUUAAUAAGAAUAAGAAAAUUAUAAACUGUUGCGGCUAAAUUCAUGAAACAUCGCAUUGUCCUUUAAAGUUGUGUGCAUCGCUCUGCAAGAUCACAGAGUUGGUAGAGUUUAGUAAAUUAGGCUCCUCGUUGACAUUUCAUCGGGGUCGCACCAUGUACAAGUAUUUAUCUUUUUAUUUGUCGACCCUGUAAAAUGGCAAUUGGUUUUUAGCAUAAGAACUGUGUCACUUUCACUAAUAACUGAUACCAUUUGCAUUUCACCGAUAUUUCCGACAUUUCGCCACAAGAUAUUUGUAGCCAUCAAAAUGCUUAUUAUGUUGUGAAAAAGAUCAUAUCAUAUAGUUGUGUGGGCCACGAGCAGCUGAACUGUUACAUGUGGGUAAUAACCAUAAUUUUCAUAAUAGAUGGAUGAUCUCCACUGUUUGAUGACUUUAAUAAGUUGUUGAACAACUGCAUUUUAAAUGUCUGUCAAUGCUGGUGCUAUUUAAACCGAGUCUGCUCGAGAUUUUCCCACAUUGCUUAGUUUCAGCUUGUGACAGAAAAUGGAGGGUUUGAAGUUUGUCGCGAUAUUUUGUGUGUUGGGUUUGAGUGUUUGUGAUGAGGUUUGUCACACGGAGAGUGGGGACAAGCAGAUUGGUGACACAUGGGAGGAGGACUGCCAGAUGUGUAGAUGUCGUAGUUCGGAGGGUGCGGCAUCGGCAGAUUGUCAGCGUCCCCUUUGCUUUCCCCUCGAACGUGCUUGCAUCAAGUGGGAUGACAGUGGCUGCUGUCCGGUAUGUGUGGAAAAGGGUUGCAAACACGGAAACAAAACCUAUCCCAUCGGGUACGAGGAACGUCCAGAGCCGUGCACCACGUGCAUUUGUCAUGAAUGGGGUAGCUACCAGUGCAGCACACUGGCAUGUAUGGUAGCCGGGCCAGAAUGUCGACUAUCUCCUGAAGGAGAGAGUGUUUGCUGUGAAAUGAAAAAAAUUGAAGGAACUUGCUGUGGAUAUGAACAGAUUUGCCCACCAGGUUUUCAUUUGGAAUGACCGACUACAAAGAUGAAACAAAUAAAAAACAUUUCAACAUAA